CUACUACUAAAAUGUUCUGCCCCCUCAGGUGAUCAAGUGUCAAAUGUAGGAAGGAGUGCUGCUGAUUCAAGUUUCAACCUUAGUUGUUCAAAUUUAGACGAUGUCUCUGUCCGUCGAAAUUCGGUUUAAACGGCCUAGUCGGAUUUAUUAUGAAGGUGAUAUUGUAAGCGGCAUUUUGCUACUGGACAGCAAAUCAGAAGCUAGGCAUGAUGGUAUUACUUUGUCAAUGGAAGGUGUUGCCAGUCUGCAGCUGUCUGCUAGAAGUGUUGGGCUGAUAGAAUCUAUAGUAAAUUCAUCUAAGCCAAUCUCUCUGGUUAGCAAUGUCAUUGAAGUGACAAAGUCAGGGAAAAUUCCAUCAGGUCAAACUGAGAUUCCAUUUGAGAUCCCUCUGAAGGCACGUGGCUCAAAAACUCUAUAUGAAACAUACCAUGGAGUUUAUGUAACAGUUCAGUACUCACUUCGAUGUGAUAUCAAACGAAGUUUACUUGCCAAGGACGUUACAAAAGCUCUAGAAUUUAUUGUGGAACAUAAGCCUAAGCCUUCAGGAUCUCUGACAGGUAAACCAGUUACUUUUGAAAUUAGACCAGAGACUUUGCAGAAUGUUCGAGACCGUGCUCGAAUUCCUCACUUCAUUGUAAGGGGUCGUCUGGAUUCUGAUAUUUUCUGUCUCUCUAAGCCAUUAACUGGAGAACUUACUGUAUGUGAGUGUGAAAGAGGAAUAAGCAGUAUAGAACUCCAACUUGUACGUGUUGAAACUUGUGGGUCGGCCGAAAUGAACUCAAGGGAAGGUAAAUAAAGUAGUACAGAUUUU